CAUCUACCAACCAUGCCGUCGCUGUUACGCAGAAUCGAAGCCGUGCUGUGGAGCCCGCCCCCCACCGACCGCGCCGAGCGCAAGCUGCUGUUCAAGCUCGACGUCGUUAUUCUGUCGUUCACCUGCUUGGCCUACUUUGUCCUCGCUCUCGAUGUGUCCAACUUGACCAACGCCUAUGUCUCGGGCAUGGCUGAAGACGUGGGCUUCAAGGGCAGCCAACUUACCCUGGCCGGGUCGUGCUGGACCGCGGGCUAUCUCGUGGGCCAGUGGCCCGCCGCUAUCGCCCUCUCGUCGAACCGCAUUCCCGUCCGCUACACCUUCUUCACCUGCAUGAUCGUGUGGUCGGUCUGCACGCUCGCCCUUGCCUUCGUCAAGAAUGUGCAGUCGGUCUACGGUUUGCGUUUCGUCCAGGCACUGUUCGAGGCCGCGGUCUUCUCCGGCUCUCACUACAUCUAUGGCUCGUGGUACAAGGAGGUCGAGCUCGGCGCGAGGACAGCGAUUUUCGUGGCCUCGGCCAACGUCGGCAGCCUGUUCAGCGGCGUCAUGCAGGGUGCUAUUCUCGACGGCUUGGCGGGCAAGAACGGCCUCAAGGCCUGGCAGUGGUUGUUCAUCAUCGACUUCAUUAUCACCGUUCCCGUCGCUUUCUACGGGCUGAUCUUCUUCCCCGACACGCCGCACACCACCAAGGCUUUCUGGCUCUCGGCCGAGGAACGCUCGCUCGCGGUAUCCCGACUUGGAAACAAGGAGGCAGUCAAGCUCUCGUGGCCGGUCUUUGCCAAGGCGAUCCGCAACAUUGUCACCGACUGGCGCUGGUACCUCUUCUCGGCUCUCUUCGCCGUCAGCGCGACCAGUUACGAGAAGACUGGCGUGUACGGCGAGAUGAUCUUCUGGCUCAAGAGCACGGGACGGUACUCGCUCCAGCAGGUCAACUACUACCCCUCGAUCUUUACCACGAUUGCCAUUGUCUCAACUUACGUCUUGACCAUCGUCAGUACGAUCACGGGCAGUCGUGCCAUCAUCAACCCGAUCAUGUUCCUCGCCGUCUUCAUCUCGUCCGUCAUGCUGCUGGUCUGGGACAUUGGAGACGCCGGCCACUGGUUCGCGUACCUCAUUGCCGGCUUCGGUUACGCUGGACAAUCGACCAACUUCGCCUGGGCCAACACCAUGUGCCAGGACGACGACAUUCUCCGUGCGGUGACGCUCUACUCGAUGAACCUGUUUAGCAACGUCUGGAACCUGUGGUACGCUAUCGCCCUCUGGCCGCAGGCCCAGGCCCCCAAGUUCCGCAACGGCCAGAUUGCCACCAUUGCGACCGGUGCCGCGUCGCUCGUCAUCACUGGUGCGAUUGUUUACCUCACGCGCAAGUACCCUCGUGGACCUGCGGCCAACAAGGACAUCGCUGGGCAGCGCGAUGUGGAGGAUGUUGAGGAGAAGGCCAAGGCUCCAGCCGACGGCGGUGACGUUCCUGUCCUUCACCACAGUUAAUUAGAG